AUGCUGCGCGCGAGGCCAUUGAUUUUCACUCAGAGGGCACUCGUUCGGAACUAUGCCUCCUCUCCAUCUCCUCACGCUCUCGUAUUGCUUGAGCAUCGAAAUGGCAGCAUCGAGAACGGCUCUUUGUCUGCCAUCAGUGCGGCACAACAACUUGGAGGAGAUGUAACUGGAAUUGUUGUGGGCAGUCAGGAGCAGGUUCCGGCGGUACUUGAAAAGGUGAAAAAGCUUCAGGGCCUGACCACCGUGCUCCAUGCUACAUCUCCCAAAUACUCUGCCUCCGUUCCCGAGCAUGUGUCUCCACUUUUCGAGAAACUACUCUCCAACUCUCCGCCCUACACACACCUCGUCUCUGCACACUCUUCUUCCGCCCGUGCUCUCCUACCACGCAUCGCCGCAAAGUUAUCUCUUCCUGCCGUCUCGGACGUCACCUCUCUAGAACACGACCCUUCUGGCAGUACGACCUUCACACGUCCCAUCUACGCAGGCAACGCCAUCGCCACCGUCCGUGCCCCUGCCUCUAUCCCCAUCAAGUUUUUCACCGUCCGCACCACGUCGUUCUCAGCGGCCGAAUCUUCUGACGCCGCCACUGUCGAACUCAAGGAGCUGGAGCCCGUGGAGGUUACGGACUCGCCGACAGAGCACCUCGAGACCCAGAUUGCUCAGUCCGAUCGACCGGAGCUUGGUGUGGCGAGCCGCGUUGUCUCUGGUGGAAGGGCGCUCAAGAGCAAGGAAAUAUUCGACAAGACCAUCGAGCCUCUUGCGGACGUGUUAGGAGCCGCUAUCGGAGCAUCCCGCGCCGCCGUUGACGCUGGGUACGCGGACAACUCAUUGCAAGUUGGGCAGACGGGUAAGAAUGUGGCGCCAGAGUUGUAUGUGGCGGUUGGGAUCUCAGGGGCAAUCCAACAUCUGGCGGGUAUGAAGGAUUCAAAGCUCAUUGUCGCGAUUAACAAGGAUCCGGACGCACCAAUCUUCCAGGUUGCAGAUGCGGGCCUUGUCGCUGACCUGUACGACGCGGUCCCUGAGCUGGUUGAGAAACUCAAACAGUAA